UUAUGACAUCACUGACAUUAAGUAGUAAAAAUGGCUGCGCUUCGAGCGUUUAGUCGUAAUAUACCGUAUUUACGACAGCAAUUUUCAGCAUUAUUAGGAAACACAUCGCCAUCAGUCAAAUUUAUUUGUGUUGUUGUAGUCAUAGGCUAUAUAUUAUCGUUUUCCGAAGAUGUUGUCAACGUACUUAGUGUUACUCCGGGCUACUUAUUACCACCAUCUUUUCAAUUGUGGUCCACUUUCACGUUUUGGUUUCUUGAAAUACACUUGUGGGAGGUGAUUAUAGACGUUAUAACAGUUGGUCUUUGUGGAAAAUUGAUAGAACCACUAUGGGGUCAAAUAGAGAUGAUGAAGUUCUUCAUGCUGACGAACAUCGGAGUGGCGUUCUUGACGACGUUUUACUAUUUGAUUAUAUUUUCGUGGACCCAGGACUCAUCGUAUCUCUUCGAUAUACACGUUCACGGACUUGCGGGUUAUCUGGCUGCAGUGUGUGUUGCUGUAAAGCAAAUACUGCCAGACCAUUUGUUGAUAAAGACGCCGCUUGGUAAAUUAACAAACAGAUCUUUGCCGUUACUGAUUCUGAUAUUGGCAAUAAUCUUCUGGGCGGUGGGAGAGUUGGAGGGUACUUACCCAUGCAUGUGGGGAAGUGGCACUCUACUCUCAUGGAUAUACUUGAGGUUCUGGCAGAGGCACAGCAAUGGAUCAAGGGGUGAUAUGGCUGAUAAUUUUAGUUUUGAUAAUUUCUUCCCAACAGUCCUACAGCCAGUCGUGCGGGGUGUGAUCGGCCCGGUGCACAGGUGCUGCGUCCGCAUCGGCGUGUGCUCGCCGAGCCCCCGGCGCGUGCACCUUGCGCUCAGCCCGCGAGGUGUCACUAUAUCCAUGCCAGGGGUGGAGCCGCAGGAUAUGGAGAGGCGACGGCAAAUAGCACUCAAGGCACUAAGUGAGAGAUUAUCCAAGACAUCAGAACAAACAAGGCAAAAGAACUUAUCUACUAAAGUCAAUAUGGAUGCAGUGAGGAAGAUGCAAAGUUCUCACGUCAUUCCGCAAUUCCCAAGUGAACCGGAGACCAGCCCGCCUCCUGCAGAAGCCACGCUCGUUGAUAUAAACGAGCCACCACCAACCACCAAAACUUCAUGAUCAACGUCAAUUAAUUAGAAUAUUGAAUAGAUUGGUUAACUGUGUCCUUCAGUUAUUGUCAACUGUAAUUAUGACCUCUGUAAAAUGAUUAACAAAUUUUAAUAGUGGGAUAGACUUGAUAUAUGAAUUCACACUUUAGUAUUUCUUAUAGAGUUGUGUCUAAGUAAAAUAGAUUAUAUUUCUUUUAUUAUAAAUAAUUAUUUACAAUUUAUUUACGAUUUUAUAGGGGUCCGUAUAGUAAUUUCCAUUGUUAAUCUCUGCACAUAUAUAAAUGAUGAAUGACGCAAAAUAAUUGCUGUGAUCAUAGUCAUUGGUUAGUUACUUCGUCAGAUUCCUUAUAUUUAUUGAAUAAGUUUACAUUAAUCACAGUUUCAGUGUAGGAAUGUGAGUGUUGUGAAAUCAUACAGGAAUUUGACUGAUAGGUUAAGUGAGCCCUAAUGUAAAUGUGGGGAGAAAGGAAAUGUUUUGGAACUCAUUGCUAUGUCAAUAAUGCAUUUAAGCUAUACUUCUAUUAUAAAGCUGAGUUUGUUUGUUUGUUUGAACUCACUUAUCUCGGGAACUACUGGUCCGAUUUGAAAUUCUUUCGGUGAUAGAUAGCCCAUUUAUCGAGGAAGUCUAUAGGCUAUAUAUCAUCACGCUAAGAUCAAUAGGAGCGGAGCAAUGCGGGUAAAACCGCAGAGCACGGCUAGUUCAAGAUAUAAAUAAGCGAAUGAAAAAUGAUUUGAACAAGUAGAAAUUGUGUAAAAUAAUACAGUGUAACAUGUGUUGAUAUCUGAUCUUUACAUAUGUAUUACAUGAUACAUAAUAAUUUAUUGUUCAGCUACAUUAUACUUUACAUUUAUGAAUGUCUGUAAAAGGGGAAUCGUAGAAGAUAAUGUUUAUUAAUUGCAGAUAAGACUUUACCAACAUUAUUAGGAUUUUUUCUUAAUUUUUUGUUAAUAAGAGAGUAGGAAUGAAGCUUACAAAUAUUUUCAUGAAAUCACAAUGAAAUAGAAUGUUUGAGAAAUAAGAAUAUUAAAUCUUGAAUUUCGUUGUAAGAACGAAACUCCUACAUUGCAACUGUGUUACAUUUUGUAAAUACUUUUCUAAACUGAAAUUAUUUAUAUUUCUGAAUACUGAUACAGUUAUUUGUGGUAUUAAUAUUUUUGCAUUUGUUGUAAUGUCUGUUAAUAGUAUUUGUGAAUGGAUGUAUGUUUGUAAAUAUUAUAAUAUGAUAGUGUUAAAUAAAUAACUAAUUGAUUUUAA